AUGGUGCAGCAGCGCCGUGAUCGUGGCCAGCGCAUCCUCGCCGUCGACUUUACCAGCUUCCCCACCAGUCUGCUGCGUGACUGUAUCCAUCCUACCAACGAAGGGUACAAGAAGUUUGGCGACUACUGGUACGAUUUCAUCACUCAGAUACCCAGAGAAUGGAUCAACAGGCCGGCGGGAGAGCCCUCAUUGCCAAUUGUCAAAGACCCCGUCUCAAACUCCGGGCCCGGCAUGCGCAUUCACACGUAUUUGUUGGCUGCUGUAAGCCGAGCCGUGGCUAAACGUCUACCAUCACCUCGCGCAGGUCGUUCUUCUCCGACUCUCACGCCCCCAGAAAUCAAACACAGCCGCCGUGCCGUCCCUAGAUAA